GUGGUGAACGCAGAUGUUCUGGAUGAAGCUCACAUUCUCAUCCUUCACACGGGCAGAGAUUUCCCAUGGGACGCCUGCAGCAGGGCUUUCUGCUGGGUGCCUGUACAGAGAUCAGAUGAUGUAGAAGGAGCUGUUUGCAGUUUAGACCUGCUGUUGGACUGUUUGUCCACAAAGAUUUGCGCGGGUUCUCCACCUGGCGUUUGGGUGUGUGGCACUGAUAUGAUCCUGAAUAUUCCAGCACGACAACUGAUUUCAUGGGACGGGUUCUCUGGGGUUCGGGUUGUGGCGUUGCCAGGUGACAUUAGUUUUGCUGCUAAUCAUGGCAUCUAUCUCACUGAUGCAGAGUCCAGAGUAUGUAAUAUUAUCUAUAAGGGCUCAAAGGAGAAAAUCAGCUGUGCUGCACUUCCUGAUGGGAAAGUACCCCUGGUGUCCGGCCCGGUGUUUUUCUCUAGGACUGUUGCAGAGAAACUCCUACAGACUCAUGUUUCGUCACCAUUGGAUGGCUGUACGUAUCUUGGCAUGGAUUCGGGAGCUCCACCGCUUGAGAUAUCUCUCUUUUUGGAUAUUCUGGUGUGCCUUUGCUCUCACCUGACAGAGCAGGAAUUCAUCAAUGGAGAGAGAACAGGCUGCACUUCACCCUCCGGACCUCAGGGGGCAGUAGUGAGGAGCGGCCGCACUGUACUGUGGAGGACUCUCAGGGGACCCUCCAUCUCUAUGU